CGCCCCCGGCGACGGACGCACGCUCCGCCCCCGUCUGGUGGACGCACAACCCGUCCCAGCGCGGCCAGUCCCAGGUGUCCGGCUCGUACAGACCUGAACCCAAGGACAUGGCUCACCAGGUUAUAAAGUGCAAGGCUGCAGUUGCCUGGGAGGCUGGGAAGCCUCUCUCCAUAGAGGAGAUAGAGGUGGCACCCCCAAAGGCUCAUGAAGUUCGAAUUAAGAUCAUUGCCACUGCAGUUUGUCACACUGAUGCCUAUACACUGAGUGGAGCUGAUCCUGAGGGAUGUUUCCCAGUGAUUUUGGGACAUGAAGGUGCUGGAAUCGUAGAAAGUGUUGGCGAAGGAGUUACUAAGCUGAAGGCAGGUGAUACAGUCAUCCCACUUUAUGUCCCACAGUGUGGAGAGUGCAAAUUUUGUCUAAAUCCUAAAACAAAUCUUUGCCAGAAGAUAAGAGUCACUCAAGGGAAAGGAUUAAUGCCAGAUGGUACUAGCAGAUUUACUUGCAAAGGAAAGACACUUUUACAUUACAUGGGAACCAGCACAUUUUCUGAAUACACAGUUGUGGCUGAUAUCUCUGUUGCUAAAAUAGAUUCUUUAGCACCUUUGGAUAAAGUCUGCCUUCUGGGUUGUGGCAUUUCAACUGGUUAUGGCGCUGCUGUGAACACUGCUAAGGUGGAGCCUGGCUCUACUUGUGCUGUCUUUGGCCUGGGAGGAGUUGGAUUGGCAGUGAUCAUGGGCUGUAAAGUAGCUGGUGCAUCUCGGAUCAUUGGCGUGGACAUCAAUAAAAAUAAAUUUGCAAGGGCCAAAGAGUUUGGAGCCUCUGAAUGUGUUAACCCCCAGGAUUUCAGUAAACCCAUCCAGGAGGUGCUUGUUGAGAUGACUGAUGGAGGAGUGGACUAUUCCUUUGAGUGUAUUGGUAACGUGAAGGUCAUGAGAGCAGCACUUGAGGCCUGCCACAAAGGCUGGGGUGUCAGUGUGGUGGUUGGAGUAGCUGGUUCAGGUGAAGAGAUAUCCACCCGUCCAUUCCAGCUGGUUACAGGUCGUACAUGGAAAGGCACCGCCUUUGGAGGAUGGAAGAGUGUAGAAAGUGUUCCAAAGUUGGUGUCUGAAUACAUGUCCAAAAAGAUAAAAGUUGAUGAAUUUGUGACUCACAAUCUGUCUUUUGACAAAAUUAACAAAGCCUUUGAACUGAUGCAUUCAGGGGAAAGCAUUCGAACUGUUGUAAAGGUUUAAAUUUACAAAAGAAAAAUGUGUCCAUCCUGUCGUGGGGUCUCAAGGGAAGCAGCCUGAUGGGAAGAAGCUCUUCCAAGUUCACAGCCUCUUAGACCUUCAGUAACUACUGUAGACAAUAAUGUUAUAUGUGUAAUUCGUAAAUCUCUGUAAUCAAGGACAAGACUAAUUCAGUCAUGAAUCUAUUUUCUGUACUCUCCUUCACAUAAAUAAUUGCUCUCUCAUUAAAGAAUAUUUUAACAUAAUAAAAGU